UGGGACACAGAGAACAUGCCCUCUAACAGAAAGGCGCUGGUGGCAGCCAUUGACUUUGGUACUACGUACAGCGGCAUUGCAUUUUCCUAUAGACAUGACUACGAGAACGACCCUUUGAAGGUCAGCUCCAACAAAUGGACAGCAGGCUAUAGCUACCGGGGUCUGGAGUCCCUUAAAACCCCCACCUGUAUUCUGUUCAAUAAAGACAAAGUGUUUGACUCGUUUGGUUAUGAAGCGGAGGAUAAAUAUUCCGAACUGGCAGAGGAAGAGGAACAUGAGGAGUGGUAUUACUUCAAGAGGUUCAAGAUGUCCCUCUUUAACACAGAGGAACCACUUUCAAAAGCCUUGAAAAUAAAAUCUAUAGACGGGAAGGAGAUGUUGGCUUUGGAUGUGUUUUCUGCGGCCAUUAAAUUCCUGAGGGGUCAGCUACGACAAUCUCUAGAAGAAGAAGGCUCCGGGAUCAGAGAAACUGAUAUGGGCUGGGUCUUAACAGUACCUGCUAUCUGGGACGAUCCUGCCAGACAGUUUAUGAGAGAGGCGGCAGUUAGGGUAUAA